UGAAACUGCUGAGUCAAACCUGCUGGGACCCAAACACAGGUGAGUUAGGCCUUGCCCCUCCCUCCUUCUCCUCCAUCUCCUCCCAGGUGAGUCACGCACAAAGGAAACAAAACAAAAGGUUUCGAGACAUGGUCGGCAGGUAAAAUGGUGACUUUGAUCAUGCUGACUGACAUAUGAUGUGGAUUGCAGUUGUGCAUGCCUUGCUUCAUCUGCAUGGAUGUAAACAAAGCAAGGCGAGGUGGGGCGUGUGUGCUUUAGGUUGCUAAUUGUCAUCACUGGCAGUUAUAUCAUUAUAUGACUAUUGUUCUUGUCGGCACAAUGACCUCGUCCAAGUUUGAAUACGGGCUCAGGCCUUCCUGCGUGGGCUUUUCAUGAUCUCCGCUGCUUGUGCUUUUCUUCCACUUUGUCAUGUGGUCUGAUCGAGAAUGUUUUUGUCCCCUGUGAUUGGCAAGUACAAGGUGUAUCUUGCCUCUUUGCCCAAGUGAGCUGAGAUGAUAUCGCAGCUCACCCUUGACCCUUUUGGGAGUGGAUGGAUGAUUGGUAGGAUUGUUAUGAAUGGAGUGUAUAAAGAACUUGAGUGUAGCACACAUGAACAGUGGCAUCUUAAUGCAAUACAAGAUCUUUGGGGAGGCAUGAGAGACGCUAACAAGCAGGAACAUGCACAAAAGAUUAGAUUUAGAAAGUCAAACAUUGAGAGGAGCAUUAAGACAUGUAAAGGAAAACAAAUCUGUUUUGCCCAGUUGGAGAAACAAAACAAAACGGAUACAAUUAAUUGUAAAUGUAUAUGAAAUACAUUUAAUUCAUGUAAUGUUGGACAACAAAUGCUAAGAUCUUUUUAGAUCUAUUAUUAUAAUUUUUUUUAUUUUAUUUGAAAAGACGUACCAUUAAACACACAUGACAUUUCUUUACAGUCAUACUUGGUGUAAAAAGUUUGAGGAGCACUGGAAUCAAAUAUUUAGUUUUCUAUGUCCAAAAUCAUAAAACCAAUUUGUUUUGAUAAUUGUGAAAUGUUUCAUUAAAAUGUGUUAUUGGUCAUUUAUUUAUUCUUCACUACUCCUCACAUUUUGGGAAAUCAACCCACAAAAAGAAUCUAUGAUUGUCUCACGACGCGGAUGGCUGUGGUGAAGUUCGAAAUUUCGGAGCUCGUGAACGCCUCCGCAGCUGGAGAUGCGUUGCGGGCGGGGUGUGGUGAACACUUUGGGAAACUUCGGAGGCAUUCACUUGCCCCUAUGUAGGUGCCAUCGACGGACGGAGGGAGGAACAGCAGCAACGAGAACUCAGAUGGAGCCGUGCGUGAUGAAGCCUGAAGCAAAAAAGAAAACCAAGCCCAGCAAACUGCCUCCCUGGCCUCCCGAGCCUCCAAAGGAUGCAGAGAAGUCGGACAAGCCCAUCCCUGUGGUGCCUCCGCGACCAAAGCACAGCGAACUGAGCCAAACGCAGUAUCAUUCGAAAAGAUUAGCCGUGGAUGGUGAGGGCCAGAGAAACGUGACACAAAGGGAGACGAAGGAGAACAAAACAGAAACUCCUGUGCCCCUACCUAGACAAGCAAAGCAGGAGAGGAACCAGACAACAAGACACAGUCAAGGCAACAGUGACGACAAGCAAAUUUCUGUCAAAAGCGUGCAAUCAGAUGCGGCCUCUGACAUCAAAAAGACAACCAAGUUGCGAAAAAGCCUGAAAGACAAAAAAGCGUCAUUCAUUGUAAGCAAUAGUCAUUUGACUGACGACCAGGACAGAGGUGACGACACUCCGGAAAAACACGGCGCAUCCGCCAAACCGGGCGUCCUGAAGGGCAUGAUGAAGCACCUCAAGUCCACACCCAAAGUUGGCGGCGGCGGCGGCGGCAGUGGCGGCGGCAGCGGUGGCAGUGGCGGCGGCGAGGCACUUCUCGAUUCCAACAAGGAGGAAGCGUCUCAGGAAAAAGAACGGAUGGCCAGUGACAAAGUCAAACAGGACAAAAGUGCCGAAUCCAAACAAGACUUUGGGGGGCGAUUUGCUGGAAUGUUCCGGAAAGCUCCUUUGGUGACGGUGGGCAAAAUGGACGGCGAUUCAGAGGAGAGUGAAGAAGACGAGAAACAAUCUUACGCUGGAAUUUUCAACGGGGUGUUCAAGAAGAAACCUCCAGAAGAGACUCAGAUGGAUGAGGAGGAGCAGCCUGGUCCCCGUGACGACCUGUCAGACAGCAGCGACGAUCUGUCCCAGAAGGCCUCCGAGGAAAAAGGAGGAUUUUUCAGCGCAAUCCUCCGAAAGACCCCCAAAGAGGUGGCACCCAAGCAGGAUUCCAAAGAGCCCCGCGAUGAUCUGUCGGGCAGCACAGACAGUCUGUCAGACAAUAAGGUGAUCCCCCCCUGGUCAGGACAAAGAUCGAGGGCUCUUUGGCGUCUUCCAAAAAAAGACCCCCAAAGGAGAGAGAGAGACGCCUCACCGGACGGUGAGGAGGACAAUGAAAAGGAGGACAAGGGACAGGCGACCACAACGGCAGUGGGUGGGGACAAUGCGGCCGAGAAGAGCGUUGCCAAGGAUAAAAACCUUUUCAGCAACAUGUUCAGGAAGCCUCAGAAGCCUGCAGAGGGCGAUAAGGAAGCGGAGGUCAAGAGUGAAGUGACGCCAUCCGGAAGCACUGAGAACUUGAGCGAGAAUAUCCGCAAGGGGAAAAAAGGAGGAGGCCUGGCGGGCAUCUUCAAAAGAUCCUAUAGCAACGACAACCUGCUGGAUGAGGACAAGGAGAAGUCAUCAAGUAAUGACAAUUUAGCAGAAAGCACCACUGUCAAGGAAAAAAGUAUUUUCAGUGGUAUGUUCAAGAAAGCUCCAAAAGCAGCUGACGAGGAGUCAAACGGUGAUGACAAGAAGAAGCUCUUAUCCGACAGCAAUGAAAACUUGACAGAAGAAACGGGACCAAAGGAAAAGACGGGAGUUUUGGCAGGAAUGUUCAGAAAGUCACCCAAACCGGCGCCACGCUCCAUCGCUAUCAAGGAUCCUCUUAGUGAUGACAAUCUGGAUGAAAGUGCCAAGAUGGAUGACUUGUCAGGAGACGAACUAUCAGGCACCGCAACUGCUAAGGAGAAAAAAGGAGGCUUUGCCGGCAUCUUCAAGAGAACGCCCAAAACUGCUGACAAACAGGACAACGAAGACAACAAGGAGGACUCGGCGCCACCCUCGGGUGGCGGACUGAGACGAAGGAGGACCAUCAAGAAGAAACGACGAGUUGUAUCUUUCAGAGUCAAGACGACUCUUCCCAGGAUGACAAAACGCAACACAUCAUCGCAGGAAAAGAUACCCAUCAUUGAGGAGAGCAUGGAGAUGGAGGAGAUGGUCCCAGCACAGCAGAGCACAGUGGAGGUCCAGCCAGUGGAAAUGGCAGCGUACCCAACCGAAGGAAACCCUCUGGACUCUGAGGAGGAGAAUGACGGCCUGAUGGACUGGUGGAAAAAUGUUGAAGGUUGGGCCGAGUGGAACAAUUUCCAAGAAGAUGAGGAGGAAAUGGCAAUGGAGGAGGCGGCCGACCGUGUCUACAUGGCAGCUCGACUCUUUGUGCGCCUUUUCAAUCAGCGGGGGGCAUCCUUGCAACACUGCAUCCUUGAGCUGCUGGCACUGGCCGACGCCGCCGACUACUUCCACAAAAAGACCAUAUCGGCCGCCGUCGGCGGAGGCGUGGCCAGCGUGGCCGGCAGCCUGACCACCAUCACGGGGCUCAUCCUGGCGCCGUUCACCUUUGGCGCCUCCAUCAUCGUCACGGCGGUGGGCAUCGGCGUGGCCACGGCGGGCAGCAUCACCUCGGCCACGGCCAACAUCACAGACGCGGUCCACUCCAACAUGGACCGCAAGAAGGUGGAGAAGAUGAUCCAGGACUACCAGGCGCAGAUUAAAGACAUUCGCGAGUGCAUGGAAUUUGUGCAGGAGGGCAUCGAUACUCUGCAGGAGUGGGACUUUGAGAAGUACACGCAGAGCACCGCUAAGAAGGCCUUGAACCACAACAUCAAACAUGUGGUGAAGGAAGGCGGCCGGGCUGGCAAGGCCCUCAUGAUAAACACCGACAAGCUCAUUAGCACUGUUCAGGUGCUGGGUGCAGGGGCCGGAGCGGCCAAGGCUGCCCAAGCCAUUAGCGUCACCACAGGGGUCAUGUCGGCACUCUUCCUGGCCCUUGACGUCUUCUUCCUCGCCAAGGACUCCCAUGAGCUGCGCAAAGGGGCCAAGACCAAGUUCGCAUCCAAGAUCAGGGACGUGUGCAAGGAGCUACAGGACGGUCUCCUGGAGCUCAACAAGGUCAAGACGCAGCUGCAGAAGACCAUGGACGGCAUCGAAGUGGAGGAGUACGAGGAGAUCCAGGAGGUGGAGGAGGAGGUGGAGGACGACGACGACGACGACGACUUGGAGUCGGAUCCAAAGAAGCUGGCAGAACUGGAGCAAGAGCUGGACCUCAUGGAGGAAAAACUGGACAAAAAGAUUGAAGAGGGCAAAAUCACAGCAAAGGAAGGGGAUUCUAAGAAGAGCAAGGAAGAAAUGACAAAAAAGGACAAAGUCGACAAGGAGACAGAGAACAGAAUGGCAGCUUGGAAGGAGAAGCAGGAGAAAGAAAAACUAGAGGAGAAGCCCAAAAUGAAGGACAGCAAAAAGACAGAACAACGGGAGAGAAGCCACCGAGUUGAGGAGAAAGACGUGCCGGGAAGAACGGACACCAAGGGCGGAGAAGAUGAGGGGAAAGAAUCGCUGGGCAAAAUGGAGUGCUCCAAAAGGAAGCCACAACAUCAGCAAAGUCACAGUGGGAAUCCAGAAGGAAGAGUGGAGAGAGGAAGCAGUGGACAAAGCAAAAUGACUGAUGGCAUUCAAGCAAAGGAUUUGAGGACAGAAACCACAGCAAGUCGUGAUGGAUGGGACACUCACGGUAGAAGCAAUGAACGAAGGGGCUCGCACCGGAGUCAAGAAUCCAGCCGGAUGGACGAGAGGACGUCUGCCAGCCAGAGGAGGGCGGAGGAAGACAAAAACCAAAUGAGCCGAAUAGAGAGCGCCCGCAAGAAGUUCCAGACAGGCCACGAAGAGCAUGGAGCUAGUAGCUCAGAGAGUCACAGAAGAGCAAGUGACAAGACAGGGACUACUGACCACGAGAGGAGAGCAAGUGAUCACAAGAGGAGAGCAAGUGACAGAGAGCAGAAACACAGUCAUCGAGGUUCUCGGCAUCCCAGUGUCCUGGCCGAUGAUGGCUCUUUAGAUAUUUAGAUCGGUCGCUCUUCUUUUGCAGAAUCUCUCACAUGACCUUAAAGCAUAGCCCUAGGCAAGACUUUGGUGUUUCAGUAGUAGUCCGAGUCCACCUCCCUUUUGGAGUCAGUGGAAAAUAAUUCUGUAUAUUACAGCAAACGUCUGAAGCUCUUGUCCAGGUCAUUUAGGUCUGUUGUAUCUACUGUAGAUCUACUCUAGGUAUUUGUGGUCAUGAAGUCCUGACUGAAUUUAGAGCCAGACCUUGAUGUUUUGCUCAUCUUUUUUUCAAGGACAAAGUCCAAUGCUAGACUGGAGCAAGUCGUCAACCUUUGUGAUCAAAUUUGGAUUUUUGACAUACAUAGGUCCAGGUUUAAAGCACGGUCUUGGUCUUUUGCUCCUCAUAUUCUAGCCAGUGGUUUGAGGAGCCAAACUGAGAUUUUGGGCUCUAAAACCAGAGCAAGAAGGCCCCGGUGCUUUAGCCAAUGUUGUGAACACAAUUUGUUUUCAUCUUUUUGGGAUAGUUACACUAUAUUGUUUUAGCAUACUAAAUUUGUCACUGACAUUUUAAUAAUUGAAUGUAUAGUUCACUGGUGUUGGUUUUCUUACUGAACAAAUAAAUUAUUUGAUGUGUCAAAAUUGACACAGAUGUCUUUUUAACGUGUAGAGGUUUUUAAACUGUUGUAAAAAACUUUCUCCUCUUUUAAAUUAUAUUCAAUGUGUAGAUGAGGUUUAUAAACUAUUGUAACACAUUUUCUCUUGUAUGAGUUUGAAGAGUGUAAAUUCAUUAAAUACAUACCUUUCA